GCAAUUUUGUCUCCUAGGACCAGCGCCUCACAACAUAAGCACACAGAAGAGCCCUCCUCCAUUUCCAGCCCCAGCUCCGGCAGCCGCCGCCGGCUUCAGCAUCUCCUCCUCCGUCCCUCCCUCUCAGCGUCGGCAGAGGACCUCCCUCCUUCUCGCUGCCGAGUGCCCCAGUCGUCUUCCUCCUCGCGCGACCGCCGCCACCGCUGGUUGAUUCUCUCCCCUUCGAUUCUCUCGCUCCCGACCGUUCCUCCUACCAUCACCCCACCAACGGAUUCCGCCCUCCUUUAGCUCUCCGUCCCCUCUCCCCCAAUUCGUAACUGAGGCAAAAAAACAAGGUUUGGGAUGGACGAGGUUGUUUCCGCUUUGGCUGAUAGCCAAACUUUGACCAAGGAUGCCGCGACAGAUCAGCCUGUGAUCGUGUACGUAUGGGACAUGGAUGAAACGCUGAUUCUGCUCAAGUCACUGCUGGAUAGGUCGUUUGCUGGGCAUUUCGAAGGCCUCAAGGACCUUGAUAAAGGUGUUGAAAUAGGGAAGCGGUGGGAGAACAUCAUACUUGAAGUCUGCGACGGGCACUUCUUCUAUGAGGAGAUUGAGAACUACAAUGAACCCUGUCUCAAUUCUUUACUUCAGUAUGAUGACGGGAAAGACCUGACAAAAUAUGAUUUCGAGGCCGACUGCUUUAGUUCUCCUUAUGAUGAUGCUAAUAAAAGGAAGCUUGCCUAUAGGCAUCGUGCUAUUGCAGACAAGUAUGCAAAGGGUUUGGAGAAAAUUCUGGACAACCGCACGGUCAAAGUCUGGAGUGAUUUGUAUAGUUUGACAGACAAAUAUACUGAUGGUUGGCUUUCUUCAGCUCAUAAGUUGCUAGAAGAAGCACUGGGUAAAUCGACAGCUGAGCCUGCUGCGAAACCUUCAAACAUCAAUUGCAUUGUUACUUCAGGGUCCCUGGUUCCAAGUGUUGGCAAAUGUUUGCUGUAUCGCCUGGACGACGUGGUUUCAGCUGACAACAUUUACAGUUCAUGGGAAAAGGGGAAGCUGCAGUGCUUCAAAUGGAUCAAGGAGCUCUAUGACGGCCCGAAUGUGCGCUUCUGCGCGAUUGGAGACGGGCACGAGGAGCGCAGCGCAGCUGCCAUCAUGAAAUGGCCGUUUGUCAAGAUGGAGAUCAACCCUGAGGCCCCUCACAGGUUCCCCGGGCUGAACCUGUCGAUGAUCCAUGCCAUCAUGGACGCCGCGGACAAGUCAUCAAGCAAAGAUGGCUGACCACCAGUACCGCCUUGGUCCGACAACCAGCCUCCGGUCCCUGCUCGCGGCGAGGUCAUGAGGCGUAGAUCGCCAUGGGGUGAUCAGUCAGGUCAUAUAGUAAAAAGAAACUGUAGAGUGGGAGAUACCAUAUACCCUCUCCCUGCCUAGAGAUCCGGGACGCCGCAUGUGCGAUAAAUAAGAGCGCGCCCUGUCCUGCCGUCCGAUCAGUCCGAUUCGAAUUCCGUCGUGUUUGAACCAAAUCAUAAAUUAUGUCUUUGUUUGUUGCCCCCAUUGUACUGUCAACAAUCACCUUUGUGUGAUCUGGAGGAAUCGACCAUCUGUUGUUGUAAGUUGUGUGGUGACCGUUUGGUUGUCGUGGUGCAUUGGCAUUCAGAUUUGUUAUCUGUGCAUAUUUUGUAUGGUUGGA